AUGGCUUGGUUUGGUGGUGGACAACCUAAAACUCAUAUUCAGGAGGCUAACAAACACCUUGCAGAACUGUAUAAGAAAGUGGAAGAGCUUGAGGAACAGUUACGCAUCAAGACCUCUGAGUUACAUCAAAAGGAAGAGGACUUCACGGUGGCUAUGCAGGAGGUUCAUCAAAAACGCAAGUUGGAGCUCCAGGAAUUGAACACACUCAUUUAUCAACAGAAUUUGAAACUUCAAAGACUCGAGAGAGAAAUGUCCUCCCGUGAAUCGGAACUUACAGUUCUACGAAGACGUUGCCGCAUGUUUGAUGAAGUUCUCCGGUACAAGGCCACAUUAGGCAAGCUGACGAUCACACUGGAACAGGCUGAACAAUACGCCCGCCUAACAGCCAACGCCCGCAAUUACACGAAAGAUACUCAGAAUAGUGACGAUACUGUCAAUACGGAACCAGCUCCUCUCAUGAUACGUGAUGUUGCGGACGUUGAUGACAGUGAUGUACCCAAUGGUUAUGUUAUCAAUGGCUCCUCUUCACCCAGUAAUUCAGAACCUCGGUUGUUAAAGCUAACCGGUUUGCGGUAAACCGAGGUCAGCUGCAUUUCGACCCGUUAUCAUGAACCUUCCUUCGGUCAUCACCUCACCGUGAUUUCAAGUGUUUUUCGCGCCCUUAUUUUUCAUGUUCUUAGGCCUUGUUCUGUCUCGAUUUUACCAAGUUGUGUGAUCCGUUAGGUUGUCGCCCGUAGACUUCCCGGGAAGUCCGGUUACUUUCGUACCCUUUUCAUCUGUGAUACACAUGUAUUGGCUGUCUUUUUUACCGUUCUGCUUUUUAUUGGUAAUUUUAAGUCGUUGUUUUACUUCUUGGGACGCAAUACAAUUUCGUCACCUG